CCCCCGGUAUAUAAAGAAAAACCAACGUCCUCUUCCUCCUCCCCUUUCAUGCUACUAGUGAGUGGUCCCGUCCUCUGUCGUGGAAAGAAUCAAAUUAAAACCGGCGGAGCGGAAUCUUAAUUUUUCAGUCUGGCUGAUGAUGACAGAGCAAAAAGAAGAAAUGAUGCAGAAAUCCUCUUCGAAUUUAGCGCCAAUUCAGAAGGUGAAGUUCUUAUGCAGUUUUGGAGGCAAAAUUCAGCCACUCCCUAAUUGGAACAGGCUCGUCUACUCCGGCGGGGACAGUAAAAUCCUCAUUGCCGACCGGAACAUUAAACUCGGGGAGCUCAUCGGGAGAAUAGUUUCCGUUUGCCGUAUCACUUGGGGAAGCGUGACCGUAAAGUAUAAGCUCCCGGGAAAAGACCUCAGCGUUUUGGUCCCUUUAACCGACGAUCAUGACCUUGAGAACCUGAUGCAGGAGUACGAGCGACUCCACCGGGAUCGUUCCCCGGCGGCUCCGGCGAGUAUUAGGCUCAUUAUCGAGGUGUCUGCUCCGAUUUGGCUGAAUUCGGGACCCGGUUCCGGUCUUAACCCGGAUUAUCUAUUCGGAUUCGAUAAGGAGUCCGACUACAGCAAGUUAGUCCACGACGAUCUCGAAUUGGAGCAUUGGAAGAUCCCACGUGCCGGCGAUUGUCAGCCCAUUUCAACACCACCCGAAUCGGACCAACAGAUUGGCGGUUACAAAUGCACAGCUGGCGAUGGUGAUGUGGCGCAAUCGCAGAAGCGUGAUGGUCCUGAUGAUGAUAAUGGUGGUGUUUCCGCAGCAAUGCCGCCGCAGCAACAAGUGAUUUACUGGAUUCCGGGGACUCUUGCUUUGCCGACGACGCCGCGGAUGGGGUUUGGCCGUCCGGCCAACAGUUGUAGUUAUUGCUGGAGUGAGGCAGCGCCGGUGUACGUUUUGGUUCCAUCCACCACAACUGUUUCAAGAUUGAGAUUGGCGUGAGACAGUGAGACACCUAUUGUUGAUCUACUUUUUUUUUUUUUUUCAAGUACGAGAGUUUGAAAAACUGAUGCAUAACUGCAUAUAACUUUUCGGUACGUUUGACGGAUACAGUCUUUUUUUUUUUUUUUUUGGCAAUUUGACGAGUUUUGGAUUAGACAUCUUUCUUCGUCUGUCCUAAGAUUAUUGUUUUACCACAAUAAUUUUGGAACCGAGUGUGUAUAUAUAAAUUUGUGAGCAUUAUGUUUUUUCGGUUUAAUUUAUUUUUGGUAUAUGUUCGUAGAAAGUGAAAUGUUUUUUUGCUUCACUCUUUGGGGUAAAAAAUUUUAAGUGCAAUUAUAGCUGUGCUUGCCUUGUUUUGGAGCCUAAGGAUUAACGAUUGAUGGUUGUGACAAUUAAUGUUACUUCUUUUUCCUCCAAUUGUUUGUGUUAGUGACUUUGUGUAAUGAAUAAAUUGGUUGGAUUACUCUGUUCUUUAUUAGUUGUUGAAGUCUUGAAGAGAGUUGUAGUUCUUUUUUUCUUUUUUUGUUUUACCCUGCAAACUGUUGCGGCCGGUUGAUUGAUAUGUUGAGAAG